CGGCUCGGCUCGGAGGCUGCCCUGCCCGGGAUGGAAUGGGAAGAGAGCGGAUACUUUGUAUCAGUGUCUCCCGGAGAGUGAGGAAGUGAGAGCAGGAAGCGGCCGGCGCUGCCCCCUUCCCGGCUGCCUCCUUCCCGGCCAGAGGGAAACUUUGUGGGCUCAGUAUGAGAGGAUAAAGGCGGGGGCUGCCGGGAUACAAAGUUUGCCUUGGGAUGGCUUGAAUGUGACCGGGGGGCGGCAGUGUGAGUGCAGCCGGGGGGCUGCCGGGGGCUCAGCAUGGCCAAAGUCAUUCAGAAGAAGAACCACUGGAGCAGCCGAGUGCACCGCUGCGCUGUGAGCUGUGUGGGGGAGCCGGGGGAGCCGGGGCUGCCGGUGCUGGGGGGCGCGGAGGAUGGGGAGUUCCUGUACCUGGGGGGGGCGGCUGAGGGGCUGAGGUGCAGCGAUGGCGAGCUGGCCGAGGGGGAGUUACUGCUGGAGGUGGCCGGGGUGCCCGUCUCUGGAUUACCGCGAUACGAUGUACUGGAACUGGUCCGGAACAGCAAGCAGCCUGUCCCCAUCACUGCUGUCAGACAAGGAAGCCGACUCAACAAGGACCUGAGGCAUUAUCUUAACCAAAGGUUUCAGAAAGCAUCUCCAGACCACGAGCUACAGCAGAUUAUCCGAGAUAAUCUCUACCGCCAUGCAGUGCCUUGCACCACCCGAUCGCCAAGAGAAGGGGAGGUCCCGGGAGUGGACUAUAAAUUUCUGACUGUGCAGGAGUUUUUAGAACUUGAAAAAAGUGGAACACUACUUGAAGUCGGCACAUAUGAAGGUAACUAUUAUGGGACGCCCAAGCCCCCGAGCCAGCCCACCAGUGGGAAAGUGAUUUCCAGGGAUGCUCUGCAAAACCCUCUGGCCGGCUCCAAGCAGUCGACUCCCAAGCGAACAAAGUCUUACAAUGAUAUGCAAAAUGCAGGCGUAGUGCAUACCGACCACUAUGAGUUUGAUGAUGAUGCUCCUGAAAUGAGCAGUAGCUUUACAGGAGACUCCAGUGAAGCAGACGAGCACACGAUUAACCUUUCCCAAGAUAAAGUCCCACCGGCGGCUCGGAUACUCCCUACUUUUCCCAUCACGGAAGCUUCUCAGAAUCUGCCUCAUUACCUACCUCCUGACGAGGAAAGCCUUGGACCUCUACCUGAUAACUGGGAAAUGGCCUUUACAGAGAAUGGAGAAGUCUAUUUUAUAGACCAUAACACUAAAACGACAUCUUGGUUAGACCCCCGGUGCCUGAACAAACAGCAGAAGCCUCUGGAAGAAUGUGAAGAUGAUGAAGAAGGGGUACACACCGAGGAACUGGACAGUGAACUAGGCAUCGGCUCUCCAGAAUUGCCCGCUGGAUGGGAGAAAAUUGAAGACCCGGUUUAUGGAGUCUACUAUGUAGAUCACAUAAACAAGAAAACGCAGUAUGAAAAUCCUGUAUUGGAGGCCAAACGAAAGAAACAGCUUGGACAGCAGCAAAGUGAAGAAUGGACAGGGGACCAUCCAACCAUUGCUCCGCCCCCCAUAAUGCUUCCUAACAACCUUACUCCAAAAAAGAAGGAACCAGCAAGAGAAACGGCAUCACAUGUGAAACCGUUCUUCACCAGGAACCCCUCUGAACUGAAAGGCAAGUUCAUCCAUACGAAGCUAAGGAAAAGUAGUCGGGGCUUUGGCUUUACCGUUGUCGGAGGGGACGAACCAGAUGAGUUCUUGCAAAUAAAAAGUUUGGUCGUCGACGGUCCGGCCGCGUUGGACGGCAAAAUGGAAACGGGUGAUGUUAUCGUUAGCGUGAACGAUAUCUGCGUCCUUGGCUACACGCACGCUCAAGUUGUGAAGAUCUUCCAGUCUAUACCCAUUGGGGAAAGUGUGGACCUUGAACUAUGCCGGGGUUAUCCUCUUCCGUUUGACCCAGAUGACCCCAACACCAGCCUUGUGACAUCAGUUGCAAUAUUGGACAAAGACCCUAUCAUUGUCAAUGGGCAAGAGAAUUAUGACUCUCCGUCGAGCAACAGCAGUAAAACUAGAAAAGCCAAUAACGUCAAGGAUCCAAGGCCUAGCAGCCCUGCUGACAUUUCUUCAAAUGGUUCCCAUGGUUACCCUAAUGAUACAGUGUCCUUGGCAUCCUCUAUAGCUACGCAACCUGAACUAAUUACUGUGCAUAUAGUAAAAGGACCAAUGGGAUUUGGCUUUACCAUAGCAGACAGUCCUGGCGGUGGGGGCCAGAGAGUGAAGCAGAUUGUAGAUAGUCCAAGAUGCCGGGGCCUCAAAGAAGGAGAUCUUAUAGUAGAGGUGAAUAAAAAGAAUGUUCAGAACCUUACCCAUAACCAAGUUGUGGAUUUACUCAUCGAAUGUCCUAAGGGAAGCGAAGUUACCCUACUGGUUCAAAGAGGAGGACUCCCGGUCCCAAAGAAGAGCCCAAAGUCGCAACCACUUGAAAGGAAAGACAGCCAAAACAGCUCGCAGCACAGUGUUUCCAGCCAGCACAGUGGGCACACUGCUUCACCCCAUCACGCCGCGCCUGGGCUCCCCGAUUAUCCUACCAGCGAGGCGCCGGCUGUCGACCAAGCCGACAACUCCGGGCAGAAAAAGCCUGAUCCUUUCAAAAUCUGGGCCCAAUCCAGGAGCAUGUAUGAGAACAGACUUCCAGACUUUCAAGAGCAUGAUAUAUUUUUGUGGCGAAAGGAAACUGGAUUUGGGUUUCGAAUUCUCGGUGGAAAUGAGCCUGGAGAACCAAUCUUCAUAGGUCAUAUUGUGCCACUGGGGUCAGCGGAUGCCGACGGGCGGUUGCGCUCUGGUGACGAGCUUAUCUGUGUGGAUGGAACAGCGGUUGUUGGAAAAUCUCAUCAACUCGUCGUACAGCUUAUGCAACAGGCUGCGAAGCAAGGACACGUCAAUCUAACGAUCAGACGAAAAACGAUCUAUCCGGUUCCAAAGGCAGAGAACGAAGCUCCUGCAUCACCAGCAUCCUCGCACCAUAGCAGCACCCAGCCGGCGUCUCUAACGGAGGAGAAGCGGACGCCCCAAGGCAGCCAAAACUCCUUAAACACUGUCAGUUCAGGCAGCGGCAGCACCAGCGGCAUUGGCAGUGGCGGAGGCGGCGGGAGCGGCAACGUCAGCACCGUGGUUCAGCCGUAUGAUGUCGAGAUCCGACGCGGUGAAAAUGAAGGAUUUGGAUUUGUCAUUGUGUCUUCUGUCAGCCGGCCAGAAGCCGGGACUACUUUUGCCGGCAAUGCAUGUGUGGCCAUGCCUCACAAAAUAGGUCGGAUAAUAGAGGGGAGCCCCGCGGAUCGCUGCGGCAAGCUGAAAGUGGGGGACCGGAUCUUGGCCGUUAACGGGUGCUCCAUCACCAACAAGUCACACUCGGACAUCGUCAAUUUAAUAAAGGAAGCGGGGAACACCGUGACUCUGCGCAUCAUUCCCGGCGAUGAAACGUCCAACGCGUCUUUAUUAACCAAUGCAGAGAAGAUUGCCACGAUUACGACCACGCAUACGCCACAAACGAUACCCCAAGAAACAAAAAAUAAUGCAAAACCAAAGCCGGAGCCCCAGUUUGAAUUCAAGAACUCACCAGCCACACAGCCUGAUCAAGAAAUUUAUUCAGUGGAACUAGACCGAGGAUUAAAAGGAUUUGGGUUUAGUCUACGAGGAGGUCGAGAAUAUAACAUGGAUCUCUAUGUUUUACGCCUUGCGGAGGAUGGGCCUGCAGCCAGAUGUGGGAAAAUGAGGGUUGGCGAUGAAAUCCUGGAAAUAAACGGAGAGACCACAAAGAACAUGAAGCACGCCCGGGCAAUAGAACUGAUUAAAAAUGGUGGCCGAAGAGUACGCCUGUGUCUGAAACGCGGAGAUGGUUCCGUACCGGAAUAUGAACCCGGCGUUGACGGAAACAGCCCCACAACCAGUCCACAAAGUGUAUCGAAAAUGAACUCGUUACCAUCUGAUAGAAAUCACUCAUCACUGGAGUUCAAUUAUCCAUCCGAUCUUCACAAAUCAUUACAGCAUGGAGACAAACGAGCUUACGUUAAAGACCCUAAAGGCAACAGGGAGUAUGGCAGACCACAUAACGAACAUCACACUUGGAAUGGAUCUUCUAAAAAUUAUUCUGUACAAAAUAACAGAAAAGAUCGAUCACCUGAGGGGAGGCGACCAAGACAGGCCGAUCGAACAAUGACGAACGGUCAGAAAAGACAGUCUCCUGAGAAAAGAAAUGAAGGAACUAGGAGUGCUGAGAACACACUGGAAAGGAGAGAGAAAAAUGAGAGAAGAAAAGAGGUUUCUCCUCAAAAGCCCAGGGAAAGGUCGCCGGUGCGCAGAAGGGAUGGUUCCCCAACCAGGCGAAGGAAAUCCUUGGAUAGAUUUAUGGAUCAAAGACGAUCCCCUGAUAGGAGAAGAGAGAGUUCACCUGACCGAAGAAGAGCAAAGUCAACGGACAGGAGACGAGAAAGGUCACCAGAAAGGAGGAGAGAAAGGUCUCCUGAGAGAAGAAGAGAGAAGUCCACUGAGAGAAGAAGGGACAGGUCUCCUGAUAAACGAAACAAAGAGCAACGAACCAGCAACAGAGACAGGGAUGAACACAGUCUGAAAUAUGAUACCCUCAGAAGUGGCAGGCACCAACAAGAACAACGGAGGAGGCAAUACAAGGAAUGCAGCACCGACCUGAGCAUCUGAGCGAUGCACCAUUAUGUUCUACGGAGCUUCUGAAAUGGUUCAUAGUCGUUUACGCUUAGCCUGUUGACCCUGUCAUCCUAUCAGAUAUUUUAUGCAGACAAAAAUCCUAUUACAGAGUGUUGUGCCUGAUGUAAAAAAAAAAAAGUAUUUUUCGAUGUAUCUUUUUUAAGUUAUUUGCCAAAUGUCGACCCUAAAGAAUUUAACCUGUUCUGCAACGAACUUAUUUUAUUGACUGUGUUCCAGCGGGAACGUGAGGAUCCCGACACGUCUUCUCUAGAACACGUUUCCGGCACUGGACAGACCCACUGUUCCAAGUUUUUUUUUUCCCUUCGUAAACUUGAUUUUUAUGAUUUCUGACUGUUAAAUAGUGACCUAUUACUACGGUUAAUGUGUUUAAACAUGGUGAGUCCGGUGGUGGGACCCUAAGCCAAUGAAUGGACAUUUGUGAAUGAAGAAGCGCUAACUAAAUAGAAGGGAAAUCUAGUUCUGACUACUACUGCAAUGAAGGACGUAAAACAAGCACACAUCGCACAAGGUGAUUUUAAUUGUCUUUUUAUUUUAAUUUUUUGUUGUGUGUGUGGGGGGGAGGGGGGGAAUGUUGUAUGACCACUCCUUUAUUAUUUUUUUCUCGAGGGAAGACGAUUUUUGUCCAGUUUAGCCCAAGUCUUGUCUAGAGAAUGGUUAAAUGUACAUACCAGUUAUGGAUUGUUAUCAUAAUUGUAAUGAUAAUUGACGUUACUUGCCAUGCCUUCGGAGAAUUUGUAGUGCUUGUCCAAUCAAAAUGGCCGACAGAGGCCGCUAUUUAAAAAGUUGAUGGUCUUGUUGCCUGGUUGCAUUUCUGUUGAUCAGAAAUGAUACAGCGGACGGUUCCGACGCGUCGAGGAAUGCCAAUAGUAUGCCACGUUCUACUUUUUGAGAUCGAUCACUUCAGCUGAAGUAUUUUUAAAUUAGAGUGUCUGCUGCUUCCGGAGUCCAAAGUUAAUACCGUAUUACUGCCUCGCUGAGCCAAAACGUUUGGCAUUUCUCUCAAGCCACUUAACAUUAGCUGAUUACAGUGCUUCGUAUGCCAUGUUUUCUAUUUUCCCUCAGACAGGAACAAGCAUUGCAAGUCUCGCUGUUGUUGCCAUGGUACAGUAAAAAAAAAAAAAAAAAAAAGCCAAUCGUUGUACAGAAUUGAAAAAUGUAAUUAUUAAGAGCCUGUUGGAAACAAAAUGUUGCCUUUUUUUUUCCUUGUAUAAAAGAUACUUUAUGAAAAAAGAAUCAUGUGAGGAAUGUGAUAAGUGUUUAUAUUUCUGAAAAUGGAGAUUCAUUGGGGAUAUAUUUUAAUGUAAACUGAAUCAGGUAUGUAAAGGUAUUUUCAAAACGGGAAAAAAAAAAUCGUUGUUGGGUUUGAAACUUCCUUCAUUUCCUCGUUGUUGGGCUUGUUAAUUAUAAAGCACUUGUAUGCCGUCUGCUCUCUAAUCACCAUAACUAACAACGUCCUACGCCAUCACGCAUUUUCUUGAUGGAAACCCAUCCGUGGGCCGAUUUUUUUUUUUCAUUUUUUCCCUAAAAACAAAAACACUAUGCAUAUAUCAAUUCAACUUUUGUUCAUACAGUAGCUUUAUUUAACUUAUGGGAGUCGAUACGUCGAUGACGUUUCCUUUGAUUCAAGGUGAUUGUGGACUUUGCCAGGACUGCUUCCUUGUGCGGAACAGAACACAAAGCCUAUGUAGCUAGGAAAGCAAGUCUGUGAAUGCUAUUUUUAUUAUCAAAUAAAGUUUUCAGUACAAAAA